UUUUCUCUGACUCACACACCCUCUCUCACUCAAGCUCACCUCUAGCCCUCUCUCUCCGCAAACUCUCACACUCCCUCUUUUACUCUGAGGUUGUGUGGACCACUUUUGCUGUAUGUUUCCACUGCAACAGGCUCCCAGAGUAAAGCAGAAAGAAGACCAAACAGACAGCAUAAAGCAGUGGACUGAUUAACAGAGUGUCAUCAUGCAGAGUUUCAGCAUCUUACUGGUGGUGGUGUGUUUACAGCUUUCUGUCCCCGUUGGGUUCGCUGCACCAACUCAAUGCCCAAGCCAGUGCCACUGCCAUGGGGACCUGCAGCAUGUUAUCUGUGACAACGUUGGUCUGAAAAAGAUCCCUCGCAUAUCAGAGGCCACUCGUCUCCUCAACCUCCAGCGGAACAACCUGGGAAACCUCCCCACCAGUGGCUUCGGCGAGAUGAAGGGGCUCAUCUCUUUGCACCUGCAGCACUGUCAGAUCCGAGAGAUCUCCAGCCAGGCUUUCAAAGGGCUGAAAAAGCUUAUCUACCUCUACUUGUCUAACAACGAGAUCACCACCAUCAAACUAGGUGCUUUUGAGGACCUAACUGAACUCACCUAUCUCUACUUGGACGGCAACCACAUCUCAAGUCUUCCAAAGGGCAUCUUUUCUCCCAUGAUCAACCUGUUUAUUCUGCAGCUUGACAACAACAAGCUCCAUGAUCUGCAGCCAGGUACUUUCACAGGUGCAAAUGAUCUCCGAUGGCUUUAUAUGAGUGGUAAUGAGUUGAGCUCCAUGCAGCCAGGCUCUCUUGACGAAGUGGAGAACCUGGCCAUUUUAACCCUGGACCGUAACAAGCUGUCCACCUACCCUCUACUGGCUAUGAGUAAGUUGCGUGUUAUAGAAGAACUCAACCUAUCCAAGAACCCUCUCAGCUUCAUCCCCGACCAUGCAUUCCGGAGCUUUGGCCGCUACAUGGAGAAGCUCCAUUUAAAUGACAUGGGCCUAGAGAAGUUCUCCAAUGCUGCCUUUGAGGGAGUGACUGCUCUCAAAUAUCUGCACCUUGAGAACAACAAGCUGAAGUCCCUCCCAAAAAGCCUCGAGUUUACCACCGUCCAGAACAUUACUCUGUUUAAUAACCCAUGGAGCUGCACCUGUCAGUUAGCAAACCUCAAAAACUGGAUGGACACUAGCCGACAUCGCCCUGAUGCAGUUUGUGCUUCCCCUGGAAACCAGAGAGGAAAGCAAAUUAGAGACAGCACAGCUUUCACCCGCUGCAAGGCAAAGAGGGAAAAGAAGGGAGCACGGCUUUGAGAUGGAGGACAGGGAGCAGAGACCUGUCCAGGUGACGAGAAUUAAUGUGCAGGAAGAGAAAGUAAUGCAAACUUCUACAUUGGGACUGUAUAUUUCCUCUAUCACUUUAUUUUUGUGUGACAUAUAUAUGCGCCACCUCAUUUCAUACUAAACAACAUGAACAGCAUAAAUGUGUUCACAGACACUGAAAAACCCUCGAAGGAGCAACUAUGUACAAUUGCAGAGUGACAUUUACAGAAACAUGUACACUGCACAGGGGGGAAAAGCCUCAAACUCACAGUCUGGAAAGACUUUGUUUAUCCUUUCUCAGUCUACACAUUAUUUUAUUGCUCUCUUAAUCUUUCACAAGUGUUAUACUCUCAGUAAUCGCUGUUAUGCUAAUUAAGAUCUUUGGCAACCUGAAAUGAAAGAGAUAAAUCCAACAUUAAUGAUCAGAUGACUUGUUUUUCUCAUAGUGAAAAUUACAUCAGAAUUGGCAGAAUGGAAAUUUCUGUUGUAAUUUUGAUCAGUGUUAGCCAUUUUCAAUUAACUAUUUGUCAUGUUUACUGGGCUACUCAGUAGUACCAUUCUUUCCCCUGCUUUUUCCAUUCAUCUUACCUUUUUAGGUUUUGCAACUUACUGCAAGGAAUUUCUGAGGCUUUGCAAACACUACAAACCUAACUUGAAUGUGAUGACUGACACACAUUCAAGACAUGACUUGAGCUGACCAUCUCUGAACAAAGUCAAAGGCAUCAAUGACCAUGAAGUCAAGGACUCCUUAAAGCCAUGUAAAAAGGUAAAAAGAGAACAUGUAGACACUAAGUGAAAUGAAGUAAUGGUGGAUAAAGAAGGUGAGGAUUUAAGGAAAGAGGAUAAAUGAGAAGGGAAUGAAAAAAAAAAUAGACAAAUGGAGGCUCUCCAGUCUAAUGUGAUUAAUUUGUUUCUAUGAUGUACUCAUGUUUAAUAAAAGACAAAUUAAGCACCACUACAGUAAUGCUUUAUUUGGAUUUAUGCUUAA